AUGGAAUUAUGCUAUGCUGUUGGUUCGGUAAAAGUACAGAGGCAAUGGGGAGUCUCCGCAUCCAAGCACACUGUGCGAUGUGGUGCUUUGCUGUUGGGGGCCACUCCAUCCAACCAGACUGCUCUGAAAGAUGGAGCCGAAAAAUCCUUGUGUGGUGGUGCCGCCGGGUGCAAGCGACGUGUUGCGUGUACUGCCCCUCACCUGGGGCGGCCGUCACCGUCAGUACCCAGAUCAGCCUUCUACCGUAACCUUACCCAGGCCGGGAGACUCGCUUCUCAAAGAGCAAGGCAUUGUGAGCGCCCCCGGCGGCUGCGCCCACUAUACACUGGAAAGCGCCGAGGAUGCACGAUCAAGAAGCUGCCAACGGCGGCGAGACCGCUACUGUAUGCUGCCCUGCUGUUCCUUUUUUCCGAGUUUAGUUUUGCCCAUUUUGUCUUCAUCUCAUUCGUAUCAUCCUCUCGUGGUUCCCCACCGGCGUGCAUUCGCCUCGCAUGA